AUGUCUACUCUUCCGACGUUCGAAAUCCUGGGGUUCCCAGUAUCCCUUCCCAUCCUCAUCAUCUCCCUCUUAGCUGUCGUCAUAAUCCCAAUCAUUUUGGGCAAACUUCUCACAUCAGGCUCAAAAACUGGUCCCUCAUCCGUCAUCCUUCUCGCCGGCCCUCGAGAUGCCGGAAAAACCAGCCUUCUUUUAUACCUCCAAGAGAAAACUCUCAUCCCGACUCAAACCUCCACUACCCCAGCGAUAGUAAAACUUCCCCCAUCAGCCCUCUCGCCCGCCGGCUCCGAAGAUGAUGGCUCCACGAAACCGUUCCACCUAAAAGACACGCCAGGUCACCCGAAGCUCCGUUCUACGGCUAUAAACACAAUCAUCCAACCUACCGAAUCAUGCAUGGGAGUAGUUUAUGUCCUCGACUCUGCGGUUCUAUCCACUCAGGCACGGAUUACGGAUACCACGGAAUACCUCUAUGAACUUCUCCUAGCUAUCCAAAAAAGAUAUGCGGUUUUAUCCGAGUCUAACACCUCCACGGAACCUAUUCCGUUGUUAAUCGCCUGCAAUAAAAACGAUCUGUUUACGGCUCUUCCGUCAACUAAGAUUAGCAAUUUGCUCCAGACGGAAUUAAGUAGGAUGAAAGAAACUAAGAGAAAGGGACUUUUAGGUGCUGGAGCCGGAGAGAAUGAUGACGAAGAUCUAGAUUUAGUUCUUGGUGAUGAAGCCUCCGACCAAAUCACUUGGGAGGGCCUCAAAGAAUUUGGCGUGGAAAUAUCCAUCCAGAGCGGAAGUGUCAAGAGUGGUAAUAUCGACGGCUGGAAAUCGUGGAUGGCUGCUUGCUUAGACGCUUGA